GCAAACGGAGGGGAGCGCCAGCAGCUAGCACCGCGCGGCGCCUAACGGGCCGCCCCGGAGACUCCUGGGAGCUCAGGCCCACGCGCGAGUGCGCAGGCGCAGACGACUCACCCUGGGCCGGGGGUGAGGCUUGGACUGUUUCUUUUUCCAAAAGAGGAGCUCAAAAGAGAAAGUUCAUCUAGAAAUCUCAAAGCCAUGUCUCAGGAUGAACUAGAGUAUGCCCUUACAGGGAUCAGUGUCAUUCAAGGAUGUGACUGUGGACUUCACCCAGGAGGAGUGGCAGCAACUAGACCCUGCUCAGAAGGCGCUCUACAGGGAUGUGAUGUUGGAAAACUAUUGCCACUUCGUAUCUGUGGGGUUUCACAUGGCUAAGCCUGAUAUGAUCCGCAAGUUGGAACAAGGAGAAGAGCUAUGGACACAGAGAAUUUUUCCAAGUUACAGCUACCUAGAAGAAGAUGGGAAAACUGAAGAUGUCUUAGUGAAGUUCAAAGAAUACCAAGACAGGCAUUCUAGACCCCUCAUAUUAAUCAACCACAAAAAACUAAUUAAGGAGAGAAGUAAUAUUUAUGGUAAAACAUUUACUCUAGGCAGGAACCGUAUUUCAAAAACAAUACUAUGUGAAUAUAAACCUGAUGGAAAAGUUUUGAAAAAUAUUUCAGAACUAGUCAUUAGAAAUAUAAGCCCCAUAAAAGAGAAGUUUGGUGACAGUACUGGAUGGGAGAAAUCACUCCUCAAUACCAAGCAUGAGAAAAUUCAUCCUGCAGUGAAUCUCCAUAAACAAACAGAAAGAGUUCUCAGUGGUAAACAGGAGCUUAUUCAGCAUCAGAAGGUUCAAGCUCCAGAGCAACCAUUUGACCAUAAUGAAUGUGAAAAAUCCUUCCUGAUGAAAGGAAUGCUAUUUACACAUACUAGAGCUCACAGAGGAGAAAGAACCUUUGAAUACAAUAAAGAUGGAAUUGCCUUCAUAGAAAAGUCAAGCCUCAGUGUCCAUCCAAGUAAUCUUAUGGAAAAGAAGCCCUCUGCCUACAACAAAUAUGGGAAAUUCCUCUGCAGAAAGCCUGUUUUUAUUAUGCCUCAGAGACCUCAAACAGAAGAGAAACCCUUUCACUGUCCUUACUGUGGGAAUAACUUUAGAAGGAAGUCAUACCUCAUUGAACAUCAGCGAAUUCACACAGGUGAAAAACCUUAUGUUUGCAAUCAAUGUGGAAAGGCCUUCCGUCAGAAGACAGCCCUCACCCUUCAUGAGAAAACACAUAUAGAGGGGAAACCCUUUAUUUGUAUCGAUUGUGGGAAGUCCUUCCGCCAGAAGGCCACCCUCACUAGACAUCACAAAACACAUACGGGGGAGAAAGCCUAUGAAUGUCCUCAGUGUGGAAGUGCCUUUAGGAAGAAGUCAUACCUCAUUGAUCACCAGAGAACUCACACAGGAGAGAAACCGUAUCAGUGUAAUGAGUGUGGGAAGGCAUUUAUCCAGAAGACAACCCUCACUGUUCAUCAGAGAACUCACACAGGAGAGAAACCCUAUAUUUGCAAUGAAUGUGGGAAGUCCUUCUGCCAAAAGACAACCCUCACUCUCCACCAGAGAAUUCACACGGGGGAAAAACCCUAUAUUUGUAAUGAAUGUGGGAAGUCCUUCCGCCAGAAGGCAAUCCUCACUGUUCAUCACAGAAUACAUACAGGAGAAAAAUCCAAUGGGUGUCCUCAGUGUGGGAAAGCCUUCAGUAGGAAAUCAAACCUCAUUCGCCAUCAGAAAACUCACACAGGCGAGAAACCAUAUGAAUGUAAACAGUGUGGGAAGUUCUUCAGUUGUAAGUCAAACCUCAUUGUCCAUCAGAAAACUCACAAGGUAGAAACCACGGGAAUUCAGUAAGUAAUGUGACUUUUUUUGUAAAAAAAUGUUAAGUCAUAGUAAACCCUGUAGACGAUGUUGCUUGCAAGCGUAAUAUCCAACAGUUUAAGGUACUAUACCACAUGGUAACCUACUGUUUGCUAGCCUGUAAAACACACACACACACACACACACACACACACACACACAAAUAUUAUUAGACAAAUUACAUGACAAAAAUCAUUAAGAAGUCCAAACUUUUUUUAUUACUAGCUUCAGCAGACAAAAACUUCCUCUGUCAAGGUGUUAUAAACAUUUAAAAUCACAUUUUCCAUUUCCAUACAUAUCUUUUUGUUCAUCAGUAAUAACUAGUUGGCCAACUGACUGUGGUCCAUGGACUACACAGUGAGUAGAGGUUCUUUAAAAGAAGGAGGUAUGAACUGUAUUUCUCAUUGCAAAUACAAAAUAAAAAUUAGUUGUUACCUCCUCACAGUUGACCACGAUUCUGACUUCUAACAUUACAAAUUAGUUUUUACUAUUAUAAACAUUUCUAUAAAUUGGAUUAUAUAUCAUGUAUUCUUUCAUAUACAGCUUAUUACCUUCAUCAUGUCCGUGAGUCUAAUCAUUAGUACAUGUGGCAGAAGUUUAUUUAUUUUUAUCCAGUAUAGAAUUCAAUUAUAUGAUUAUAUCACAAUUUAUCCAUUCUACUGUUGAUGGACUUUUACAUUGUUUACAGCUUAGGGUCAUAAUAAAUCAUGCUUCUGAGAACAUACUUGUCUUGGUGUACAUACAUGUAUUUCUCUUGUGUAUAUACUUAGGAGUGGAAUCGCUGGGUCUUAGAGCAUGUGUGUAUUCAGUCAGAUACUGGCAGACAAUUCAGAACUUUCACCACAUGAGAUAAUUGACACUGAAGGGAAACAGCUAUAAAUUUUAUCAAUAUGGUGCUGGUUCAAACCAGAGAAUUCAUGCUGCAGGGAAACUCAAUCAAUGUUAUUGUGAAAACUGGUAAUGUGAAUGUAAUAUAUGUAGAAAAACAUUUAGCCACAGCCCAAAUCUUCCAGGCAAAUGUAAUAAACGUGACAUUGCCGUUAGCCACAGUAAAUGCCUUAUUUGAAAUCAAAAAGUCUACUAGAGGAGAGGCAUCCAGCAUUUCCCUUGUUCAACAUCAGAGAAUUCCAACUAGAGAAAAGUCCUGUGACUGUGUUGAAGUUAGGGCGUGGGGAGGAAUAUAGUCUUUACCUAUGGUCUGUAUCUACUGGUCAGGUACAAAUGAUGAAUAUGGAAAAGCUUAUAGCCAUCGUUCAUAUAUUAUACUACACCAGGGAAUUCACAUAGGAUGAGAACUCUUCAAAUGAAAUGAUUGUAAGAAUGACUUUAACUGUUGCUCAUUUCUUUUACACCAUCAAAGAAUUAAUACCAAAGAAAGGAAGAUUACAAGGAAACAAAUAGGUCUUGGGACUUUUUUUUUUUUUUUGAGACAGAAUCUUGCUCUGUCACCCAGGCGGGAGUGCAGUGGCAUGAUCUCGGCUCACUGCAGCCUCUGCCUCCCAGGUUCCAGUGAUUCUCCUGCCUCAGCCUCCCGGGUAGCUGAGAUUACAGGCACGCGCCACACGCACGGCUAAUUUUCGUAUUUUUAGUAGAGACACAGUUUCAUCAUGUUGGCCAGGCUGGUCCCGAACUCCUGACCUCAGGUGAUCUGCCUGCCUCGGCCUCCCAAAGUGCUAGGAUUACAAGGACUUUUAACUCUGGGGAAAGCUCUCUUUCAUGAAAGAAAUCUAGCCAUACCGAGACCAUAAUGCUAGGAAGUCUAUGUGUAGGCCCCCUGGUCAACAGCUACAGCUGAGCUCCCAGCCAUCAGCUAGCAUCAGCUGCCAACCAUGUAAGUGAGGCCUCUUGGACAUCCAGUCAAGCCUUCAGAUGACUGUGGACGCUGCUAACACCCAACUGGUACCACAAAUGAGACCUCAAGCAAGAACUGCCCAGCUGAGGCCUUCCCAAAUUCCUGGCCAACAAAAUCAUCAGGCUUUUUAACUACAAACAGUUUUAUUUUUUAUUUAAUAAAAAAGUUUUUAUUUAA